GCAGAUAAAAAUGUCCUCGUCGCUGCUGAGAGAGAUGGGAGAGCUGCACAUCAACACUCAGACGGGAGAGAGCAGCAGCAAAAGUUUCCUGCUGGUCGAUGAGAACGAAACCUUACAGGUGACGGAGGAGGAACACUUCCUGGAGAAACUGGGAAUACCAGGCAACAAGGCCGUCAAAGUUCUCUCCAUUUUCGGCAACACGGGGGAUGGGAAGUCUCACACUUUAAACGCCACCUUCUUCGAUGGCCAUGAGGUGUUCCACACCUCGGAGACCCAGGACUCUUGCACCGUGGGGGUGUGGGCGGCCUUUGACCCCUCACUGUCCCUCAUCCUGCUGGACACUGAAGGCCUGCUGGGCGCCACCAGCAAGCAGAACCAACGGAUGCGGCUGCUGCUGAAGGUGCUGGCCGUCUCCGACGUGGUGGUCUACCGGACCCGAGCCGAGCGGCUGCACAACGACCUCUUCCGUUUCCUGGGCAACGCCUCCCAGGCCUACCUCAAGCACUUCACCGGCGAGCUGAAGGCCAUGUCUGACCGCUGCGGCCUGGAAGUGCCCCUGUCCAGCCUGGGGCCUGCGCUCAUCAUCUUCCACGAGACCUCCAACACCAAGCUACUGGGCUGCGACUCCCAGACCCCAGGAAGUGCAGAGCAACUGCUCCAGAAGAGGUUCCACCAGCUGGGUUUAAGCACCGAAGCCUUCAACUCCGUCGAGUACGUUGGUACGAGAACCACAAUGCCGCCCACCGACUUUAAUGGGUUCUUGGAGGUGGUGCGCAGACGGGCAAGCAACACAUCAACCCGCUCCCGGAGACCACCCGCUAUCGUCUACAAUGUGUUGAAGGCUCUAAGCAUGAGAUUCAAUGGGGAGAUAACAGACAACCGAUUUGCCACCAGCUCUUUCUUCCCUGAUGAAUAUUUCAGCUGCUCCAAUGUCUGCCUCAGCUGCGGAGCUCACUGUACGAGGAACAUGAACCACAUCAAGGACGACAUCCCACACCACGCAAGCAGCCGGUGUCGCUACACACACCAGUACAACAAUAAGGUGCUGAUCUGCAGGGUGUGCUAUGAACGUGGCUGGGAGGUAGCUGUUAACCCCAAAACCUCUGCAUCGACUGACAGCAAGUGGCUCGGAAUUGCAACUUAUGCCUGGUCAGGGUAUGUUCUGGAAUGUCCGAACUGCGGGAUUAUCUAUCGUAGCAGACAGUACUGGAUCGGCAACCAAGACCCAGAGGGGUCAGCUGUGCGUCCUGAAUUAAAGCACGUGUGGCUGGGGAAUGAGGCGUUCCUGAAGGACAAUAGUAAUGGAGCUCAGUGGGUCCUGGACGGUGUGAACUAUAUGAUCCAGUCAGUCACCGAGUACAGUACAGGCCCAACCAAGGCAAUCACGGCCUGGUUAACGGACCAAGUGGCUCCAGAAUACUGGAGGCCCAACUCCCAGAUCACCGAGUGCUAUCAAUGCAAGAAACCGUUUGAGGACGGAGACCGCAAACAUCAUUGUCGUUGCUGUGGAGAGGGUUGCUGCGAUGCCUGUUCGAGCAAAAGCAUGCCUGUCACAGAGCGAGGGUGGGGUAGCGCUGCUGUGAGAGUGUGUGACGAUUGCUUCAGAACAGGUGGGAACAGCACAGGAAAGGAACUGGAAGCAGCCAGAGAAGGCAAAGGGUUACUGGCUCGCAGGAUUACAGAAGUGGCACAAAGCACUUUGGAUGCCAUGACUUCAGCAGUCGAAUAUCCCCUCGGACUUGUGAAGGAUGUGGCAAGGCCUGAUUACUGGGUGCCGGAUCACGAACUCGUCAAGUGUCAUCGCUGCGAGAAGCCCUUUUCUGGGACAAUGGGCAAACACCACUGCCGGGCCUGCGGCCUAGGCUUCUGCAGCCAGUGCUCCCCGGAACACUGGCCUGUGCCCUCGCGGGGAUGGGACCAUCCAGUCAGGGUCUGUGUGGACUGCAGUGAGAAGAAAGGGGAGCUUUGAGGCCUAGCGGCUCUUCCAGCCCUUUCAUUGAAGCUUCGCAUGUGUGAGAGGGAGAGAGAGCGACGCCGCGAACAAUCUCUUCGUUCUUCAAGCAGGAUUCAGAUUCCAGGAGAGUUUCGCAAGGCGUGUUUCCCCCUUGGCCAAUUCGCAUCUUGUCCCUGCCAGAAUACCGAGUGGUAUCCAUGAUUAAACGCGGUAUGUUGGGUGAGGGGGCGUGGGUGACUCCGGCCUAAUUCGGAUGGGACAACAUGGCCAACUCACUGAGGUACAGGUCUGAGGUUGCCAACUCAGAGUGUAUCACUGGAGGUUCUGUCAUGGGACUUACCAUCUGUCAGCCCAGCCCCUUCUGCUGUUGGCUCCCAUCUUCAUGACGCUCCUGCCCCAUUGACCAAUUGGAAAAUGGGCAGACUCUUGCUCCCCCUUCCUCCCACCCUGAUUGGUCGAUGCUCAAUUUCAGUCAAACUACCUUUUUUCACAAUACCAAUGAUUUUUUUUGUGUGUGUGAUUGAUGAAGUGAAACAGUGCAUCAUCUUUGUAACGCUGCAUGACCUUUCUCCUGGGUCACUCGCUGGAAGUUAAUCUUCAACCCCUGGAGACUCCAGGGAAACCCUGGAGGGGUUGGUAACUCGAAUAGAGGUGCUGUUAAAUAUCGGUCAGGUUCCUGUGUCUGAGGGGAGGGGAACGUUUCACACCCUGACCUGCAAAAAAAACAAGAACCUUGUGUUCACUCAGUGGUUCUAACAAACCAAAAGAGACAGAUUGAGGAACAGGAGGAGGCCUUUCAGCCUCUUGAACCUAAUCCACCAUUCAUUUAGGUGGUGACCGAUCUGCAUCGUAACUCUAUCUACCCGCCUUGGUUCCAUAAAAUGUAAGUGAUGCCUACGUUGUAGAAAGCAGCUCAGAAUCUUUUUUUUUCAUGUUCUGGUAGAUGAGCUUUAAUCAAAUUUGAAAGAUGUGUUUGGAGCUGUGUCCUAAUUUGAAAUGGUGGAAAAACAGGCCUCUCCAACCAAAGACAGGGAGACAGGGAGACAGGGAGACAGGGAGACAGGGAGACAGAGAGACAGAGAGACAGGGAGACAGGGAGACAGAGAGACAGGGAGACAGGGAGACAGGGAGACAGAGAGACAGGGAGACA